GUCCAUAUCGGCCCUUCUUCUGAGCCUGGGGAAGUCAGGCAGAAAAAAAACAGAGGGGAAACGUCUGGCAAAAGGUUGAACAUACUUAUUUAACAAUUGCAUCUGAGCACGCGCGUGAAAGCUGCGCACGCGCACGAUUGGUAACUUCUUCGCCGUGUGGACGCAGGCGCCUACGGUUCAGCCGGGAAGCGGGCGUUGCGUGAAGCUGAGGCUACAGGAUGGCGGGCACUGGACUUGUGGCUGGGGAGGCGGUGGUGGACGCCCUGCCAUACUUCGAUCAGGGUUACGAAGCACCUGGCGUGCGAGAAGCGGCUGCUGCCUUGGUAGAGGAGGAAACACGUCGGUAUCGGCCAACCAAAAACUAUCUGAGCUAUCUACCUGCCCCGGAUUACUCAGCCUUUGAGACUGACAUUAUGAGAAACGAAUUUGAAAGACUGGCUGCCCGACAACCAAUUGAAUUGCUUAGCAUGAAACGAUAUGAACUUCCAGCUCCCUCUUCUGGGCAGAAAAAUGAUAUCACUGCAUGGCAGGAAUGUGUAAACAACUCAAUGGCCCAAUUGGAACAUCAGGCAGUUCGAAUUGAGAACCUUGAGUUGAUGUCACAACAUGGUUGUAAUGCCUGGAAAGUAUAUAAUGAAAAUCUAGUUCAUAUGAUUGAACAAGCCCAGAAGGAACUGCAGAAGUUAAGAAAACAUAUUCAGGACCUAAACUGGCAGAGGAAGAAUAUGCAACUCACUGCUGGGUCUAAAUUACGAGAAAUGGAAUCAACUUGGGUCUCUCUCGUCAGUAAGAAUUAUGAGAUCGAACGGACUAUUGUACAGCUAGAAAAUGAAAUCUUCCAAAUCAAGCAGCAGCAUGGUGAAGCAAACAAAGAAAACAUCCAGCAAGAUUUCUGAAAAAAGUAGACUUUAGGGAAAGGGAGAGAAGGGCAUCUUAGAAAUGUCUUAAGGCAUCUGGAAUUUGAAUUAUCUUCAAGUCUUGGUGAGAGCCUGUUGAGGGAAUAAUUAUGACCUGAAUAGCCUGGCUAAAUGCUUAGGAGUAUGGUGGAAACUUAGGAAAUGUGCCGAAUGUGUGAAUUAGUGGUUCUUUGUACUAUAUUUAACACUAUUUGUAUAUUUUCUUGACAAAUAAAUUUUUACCUUAAAAUAGUUUUGAUAACUUGAA